CAGUCCUUUCCCAGGAAACUGAAGGUAAGGUAGGACCAGUGGCAUAUCCUAGUCGCAGUUUAAGGCCCACUGAGCGCAACAUGUCAAAUUAUAGCUCUAUGAAGUUGGAGUUUGUUGCACUCAAGUGGGCCAUGACGGAGAAAUUCUGUGAAUAUCUGUUGGGUAAUAAGUGUGUGGUAUUCACGGAUAAUAAUCCCCUUAGCCAUCUGACCUCUGCAAAGUUGGGGGCGACUGAGCAGCGUUGGGCUUCUCAGCUGGCGGCUUUCUAUUUUGAGAUCAAGUAUCGCUCUGGUAAGAGUAAUAGAAAUGCAGAUGCGCCGUCACGGAGGGAUCACCUGGAACCUGGUGGGUUGGAUGGGUUGACCCCCGGCACUGCAAUUCCUGAGUCUUUGCGGUCAUUAGCUAGGGUAGAUUCUGUGGGUAUAGCGACCCAGUGUAUGGUCUCUACACUUCCUGGUUAUUCUGCUGGUGACUUGCGUUCUUUGCAGGCAGCUGAUCCAGUUAUUUGGGAAGUGUUGCGAUUUUGGACACAAGGAAAUCGCCCAGGACCUAAUGAGCGGUGCCAAAUGACUAAGGCAGCCUUAACCUUGCUCCGCCAGUGGGAUCGGUUGAGGGAGUUAGAUGGUAUGCUGUAUCGUCGGGUUCACUGCCCUAAUGGUAAGGAAGAGAUGUUGCAAUUGGUUUUGCCUGCUGCCUUGAGACCAGAGGUGUUAAGGCAGUUGCAUCAGCAACAUGGACACCAGGGCAGGAUGGAAUUAGUGCAACAGAGGUGUUAUUGGCCGGGUUUGUCCUCGGAUGUGGCAAGUUGGUGUCACGAGUGUGACCAAAGACACCCAGCCACUGGCUCAGACUUUUAUGGGGCGGUUAAUGUCAUCUAGGCCAAAUGACAUCUUGGCAGUGGACUUCACAGUGUUAGAGCCCACAAGCUCUGGCAUCAAAAACGUUUUGGUGAUGACUGACGUUUUCAGUAAGUAUACCCUUGCUGUUCCAACGAGGGAUCAGCGAGCGGAGACGGUGGCACAAGCCCUGGUGACCGAAUGGUUUUACAGGUUCGGUGUUCUGGGCCGUCUCCACUCGGACCAGGGUCGAAAUUUUGAGUCUUUGUUGAUACGUCAGUUAUGUGAGCUUUAUGGUGUGGUGAAGUCUCGUACUACCCCCUAUCACCCGGCCGGCAACGGCCAGUGUGAACGCUUUAACCGCACUUUACAUAAUCUGUUGCGUACUCUGCCAGUGUCCAGGAAACGAGACUGGGUAGCGUGUCUUCCCCAGGUAGUGUUCAGUUAUAAUAGCACAGGGGAAUCGCCACACUUCUUGAUGUUUGGACAGGAGCCACGAUUGCCCGUAGAUUUUCUGUUGGGGAGAGAACCACAGCUAAGGGAGGGUAGUGUGCAUGACUGGGUCUUGGAACAUCAAACGAGGCUCCAGGUGGCCUUUGCAGGUGCACGGGAACGGUUGCAGGUCAUGGCUGAUAGGCGCAAGGCCAAUCAUGAUCAGCACGUCCGAGAUGAACCACUGGUGGAGGGUCAACUGGUGUACCUCCGUGAUUAUGGGGUAAGGGGCCGCCAUAAAAUCCAGGACUUGUGGAGCCCAGUGGUCUAUAAAGUGACAAGGGCACCCAAGGAAGGUGGUGUAGUGUACACCAUUGCGCCUGUAGAUGACCUGACCAAGGUAAGGAACGUGCAUCGUUCACUGCUAAAGAGAAGAGUCUGUAAGGACACAGUUGGUACUAACCAUGGCAGUCCUUUACCUGACCCAGUUGUGGGCAGAUCCUCGUUAGCUGAGGAAGAGGAUGAGGUAGAUUUAUUAGCUUUGGUCCAAGAACGGGAUCAAGUUGAUGUCGAAUUAAGAUUUGGUGGGCUGGCAUCUGGGGUGGAACAUGGUCCACAGGAGAGGGUGAGUGUUACGGGACCCAUUCCUGCUAACUGGCCAGGAUUACAGGCUCCAGCUAGGGAUAUAGCUAUGUUGCCGGAGCCACAGCCUGAAGCCCUGGUUAGGGUGGAUGAGGGUGCGUUACGCAGGACAAAACGUGCAAAUGCGGGCCAACAUCCAAAUGUACACCAUCUUCCCCAUUCAGUAGGGGGGACAGGUGAGGGCUCCCAGCAGCAAAUGCAUGGCAUGGUGCCAGGCAUUGUUAGGCCAUGGGAUUAGGUAAUCCUGACCCUAGUAGUAGGACAGUCGGGGCGACGAUCCGUCAGUGGGGGGGUAGAUUGUAGUGGGACGAACUGUGGGUGUCUCUUUAAAUUGUCAUGAAAGCAUCAGUUGUCCAAUCAGAUACAUGCACGACUAUAUAAAAGGGGACUUUUAAUGCACCAUGUUGUGUGAUCACCGCUUGUGUGUCAUUGCCCGAGGCCCGCCCCUUCCUGGUUUAGACUCUUCCUGUCUCACAGGUAUGUGCUUGCUAGCAAGUGUGUAUCAACGUGUGUGUUUGUGGUAACCAGCUUUAUUUGAAUUAUAGUUUCCAAUGUGUAAUCUUUCCAUGUUGCUCGGUGACUGCUUUUAAACAUGAACCCGCCGUAAUCCCGUGCCUUCUUGCCGGUUUGAUGUCCGUUUGCCUGUGCGGCUGGACUUGUGGUCGAAACGACAAUAUUAAGGAAAACGCUCUGAGGCUGCUGACGGCCGCUGGAGGAAACUGGACCUGGCAGAUGUGCAGAGCAGCCCACCAACCAUGGUUAAGAAGGAUGAUGGAGAAAGACGGAUGGAUCAACAAUCCCCAUCAACACUGAGGACAAAAGUGUUUGCUCCCACAUCGAACAGGGACGUGUUCACAGCAAAUAUAUGCCACAAAAAACACCACAUAACUGCUAUUGUUUACAUUUUUCAUGAUUAACAGUUUAAGUGUCUUGGCUGAAAUGUAACAGUUAUAGUUAAUGAGUGAAAAUAAAGUUCACUCUCAGUUGUUGCAUUUGAUGCUGUGAGAUGCUUUGCUUCUGCCCAUAUUAGCCAUCAACAACAAGAGCUCCUGUUACCACACACCAUGGAAACCAACAAGUAAAAGAUGAUACCCAGUACCACACUGCACAGAUUGGAGAGGCCAACAGUAGUGAGCAGAAACAUCUCCAAGCCUGUGUCUGUGUGCCCAGGGUCAUAUCUGUCCAAGCAUCUCAUUGCCAGGGUGAUGUAAGGUCUGACAACUUUUCUCGAAACACUCAGUGUACAUGUGUAGCACUGCAGUUUCUGGCCUACCAGAGAGGGAACAUGGUUUACAAUGCAGGACCUUGAUAGAGUUCUGAAGGAGGGAGAUGCAUUGUAUACAUUCACUAAAAUGCUAAACGGUAAAACACCUCUGGACAAUAUGGAUUUUUUGAUUCUCAUUCCAGGUCUGCUGAAGGUUUGCCUGAGCCUAAUGGAAAGGCAGUUCUGUUAACUUUUACUAGUUUAACAGACAUGAUUAAUAGACUAUUGAUGGUCUUCCGUGAUCGUGGUGAUGUUGCAUCAUAUGAGUUAAUGCCUGUGUCCUUUUAAACAGAGCAGCCUCCUAGCAAAGAGUGUAGCGCAGUACAGACCAAUGUAAAAGCCCAAAAGCACUGGUCAGAUAGGAGCCCAAAUGCUUUCAAAACUAAAUAAGGUACGACGUAGAAAAGAAGCCCGUAAAAAUAUGACUAAAAGCAAAAAAGCAUGCUUUGAAGUCCAAAGACAUAAAAAAGGCAAUAUGCAAAGAAACAGUAUGAUUCUUGUUUGCAGUUUAGACAAAACAAAAUUCAAGCUGUGAAUAAAAAUUACAAAGAAAAUGCUGGCUUAAGAAAAAUAAAAAUAGCAAGCCUUAAACACAAAUAUAGAAAUUAUGUCAAAUUUUCAGGAAGAAAAUCACAGAAGAUGCGCGCAAUAGAAGUCACAGAUGGUGAAAAGAUACCAUACACAAGAUCAGUACCAGAACACAAAGAGGGAGUAUAUUGUGGGGAGGUAUACAAAGAUAUUUCUUUCCAAAAUAAAAUGAAACAGUACAUAGUUAGGAGGUAUAGAACAGACUCUGAGUUCCAGUCUAAAAUGAAAGCACAUAUGUUCAGAAAAUACACCCAGGACCCAGACUUUAGAGCACAUCACAUACUCGCUGUACUAUACAGAAAAGCAAAACACAUGGUAACAAUGCUUUGCCCAUUAUUCACAAGUUGACAUGUGCAUUUAAAAUCAGGCAAAAAUACCAAAGAGUUCAUUUGUGUUUGCUGUUCAGCAGGUCAGCUUGAUAAUGUAAACAAGCCUGUGGUCAACAACGUGAUGCAGGCUGCCAUUGGUGCGUUCCAUUGUAAAAUUCAAGAAGGACCAACCCGUGUCUGCACAGUCUGUAACAGGACCCUGUUUCACAAUCAAGUCAAGUCUUGCAACCGAGCAAAUUCCUUGUUUGGUUCCUGAAGAGAGGCAACAAGAAUGGAUCUGCCAUACUUGUGACAGUUACUUGAUGAGAGGACAGAUGCCUUCAAUUGCAGUAGCAAACAAAUUAGCACUGGCACCUAUCCCCAAAGAACUUUUGGAAUUGAAUGUACUGGAAAGGCAGCUCAUAUCCAAAUUCUUGCCCUUUGUAAAAAUUGUUGCAUUGCCCAAAGGGCAACAGAGAGCUGUUCAUGGUGCAGUCGUGUGUGUGCCUUCUGAGGUGGAAGCAAUUGCAAACUGUCUGCCAAGACCAAACAAUGAAUCACAGAUACUGCAAGUUAAACUUAAGAGAAAUCUUAA